CUCUGUCUAUUGCAAGGUUUUCCAACUUAAAAAGAGGGGGACGGGCAGGCUUUUGAAAUAGCAAAGUCCGAGAAUAAUAAGAAAGAAUACAGACUCAAAACGAACAAAACAAUGAAGCCCUUUUUAGCAUUGGCGUCGCUCCUUCUUUUUCUUCUUCUUCUCAUCCUGUUAAUGGCGCUGGAAGCCACAUGCUCCCUCCAAACGCAGAAGCUCUACGAGUUCCAAAGGCGGCUUCGAGAGAAGACGCUCUCCGCCGUGGCCGCAAAGCCACUGCCCUCUCCGGCGGCCGUAAAAAAUGCCACGGCGAGAGUUUUCUAUCCAAUUGGGUACGGGGCGGACCCUACGGGGGCGCAAGAUAGCAGCGACGCCAUAUUGAGCGCUUUGGCCGACGCUUCACAGGUCGAAAUAGGGUUUCAGCUGUUGCCGGGAAUCAAAGAUCUGGGCGGCGCCGUCGUGGACUUGCAGGGCGGCGACUACAAGAUCGGCAAACCCAUAAGGUUCCCUCCCGGCGUCGGCAAUGUCGUCAUCCAAAGUGGGACUCUUCGCGCAUCAGACACAUUUCCUAAUGACAGACAUCUAAUUGAAUUAUGGGCACCAACUUCUCAAAAACUCAAGCUAACGGCAUCCGUGAACAAUUUGGAUCAAAAAGACACCAACUCUGCAAUCUCCUACGAGGACAUAACGUUCCGGGACAUCCUCUUUGACUCAAGCUAUGGCGGCGGCGGCCUUCUGGUGAUCGAUUCUGCCAGAAUCCGCAUAGACAGUUGCUUCUUUCUCCACUUCACCUCCCAAGGAAUCCUCGUCCAAAGAGGCCAUGAAACCUUCAUAUCAAGCUCCUUCCUCGGACAACACUCAACGGUUGGCGGCGAUGAGGGUGAGCGAGACUUUACCGGCACCGCCAUCGACAUUGCCAGCAAUGACAAUGGCGUGACAGACGUCGCCAUCUUCUCGGCGGGCACCGGGAUUGUUGUGAGGGGCGAGGCCAACUUGAUCACUGGGGUGCAUUGCUACAACAAGGCAACUUUCUUUGGUGGCGUUGGCAUUCUGGUUAAAGCUGCACAAACAAGAAUAGUGAAUUGUUACUUGGAUUUCAAUGCUAUAGUGAUUGAAGACCCGUUUCAAGUUCAUGUUUCUAAUGGGUUUUUCCUCGGAGAUGGCAACGUUGUGCUCAAGUCGAUCAAAGGCCGGAUCUCAGGCUUGAACAUAGUCAAUAAUAUGUUCUCCGGGGAGCCCAAGAACAUGGUGCCUAUUGUUAAGCUAGACGGACAGUUCAGAGAAGUCGAUCAAGUAGUGAUUGAUCAGAACAUGGUGAAUGGGAUGAGGUUGAGAUCUACGGUUGGGAAAUUGGCCGUGCCAGGAAAUGGGACCAAGUGGGUGGUUGAUUUUUCGUCCGUUUUGGUGUUCCCUGACCUAAUUAAUCAUGUUCACUACUCAUUCUAUGCCCCGACCCCAGGGAUUAGGGGAUUUCCGGUACAUGCAGUGACUAAUGUUUCCGGUAAUGUGGUGGUGGUGGAGAGCGACAAGGCAGUCAAUGCAGUGGUGUCUGUGGUGGUUGAUCAGAAUAACCAGGCAGGAGAAAGGAACUUUCUCAAGUGAGGCAAGGAAGCAAGCUGUACCACUGGAUCAAUUUUAGCGUCACGACACAGCACGAUAUCAGUUACCACUUUCAAGAUUUAACACGAUAAAACUUCGUCCUUCAUGAAGCCAAGACGCUAUCUCCUAAGGAUAUUUGUGAUUGCCGGACUGAUUUUGUGGGAUGGUAAUAUCAUAUGGAUAAAAGGUGGUACUAAACAUGAUUAUGAACAUUGUAUUUAUUAGCAUAGAAUAAUCAAUCAGAUAAUACAAGAGUUGUUUGAACUUAUUACUUGUACCAAGUUGGGUUCACGUUGGGUACUUAUUUACUUGUAACCCGGAUUUGGAUCUAUGAUGUUUAACCCAAUGACAAAUGAAUCUAGAUGGGAUCAUUGACUCAUUGACCCAGACCACUAACAGCCCUAUUAG